UAAAAGCAAGGACAGGGCAGUCAACCCUUUCUACGGCGAAUGCUGCACUCACGAUGUGGAAUCAUCCUCAGACGCGGCAUCAGACGAUGAUGUGUGGGCCGAAGAAUUUCACCAUGGCAAAACAUCGUCUGCGACGCCGCCGCUAGGAACUCAAAGUUCUCAAAGACCUCACGACGACAAGACAUGGCCCGCCACAGUGCCGCUAGGAACUGAUACUUCCAUAGACCUGACUUUCUUAAGAUGCACUCUCUUCUCGACAACAAUCCAAUUCCUCGUGUGAGUACCGAAGAAACCUCAGGAUUUGAUGUCACACUUGAUUUGGAGAACCUGCAACUGUCUAGCUCAGACGCCAAUGAACCCAGCAAUGUCGAAUCUUUUCAAAAUCACGAGCUGCAGGUGGCAGCUGACGCCAAAUAUGCAGCCGAACUAUUUGCAGAAGCAGAAGAAAAUGAAGAAGAAGCCGCUGCAGUUGAGGGACGCGUGGACCUUCUCGUCCUUCCCGACGAAGAUUCCUCCGCAGACCAGUCAGCAUUAGCUCACCCAGAUCUUCAAACUCACAUAGGCACACCGCGACGGACAAUCACAGGCCGCAAAGAGUUACCAUCUCGUCUUACCUUCGCUCCAUGGCCGUUUCUCGACCUGACAGGCCGACUCCCAAAUCUGCUAGCGUCGAGCUGGCGACAACCCUCUACUUCCUUAAUUGGGUCCAAUCAGAUGGUGUAUUUAUGGAUUAUCUACAAUCUACCGAAGUCUCGUAUUUUCAACUUUUCAAGUUUGCGACCGUAGAAGACCUACCUCAGAUAACACACCUCUUUCUUCUGGAUGGUAUGGAUGUCAAUAGUCCCAUGUUCAUAGACUCAACGCCGGAAGAAGCGGGAAUGACUCCGCUACUCUG